UACACACUCGGUUCGUCGCCAUCACCAACGUCCAUUGCCGCCUACCAGGUCCCGCAGGCAGAGCUCCACCACCACUCACUCCCCCUACUCACGCAGUCACGCUCCCCAUGGCCGCCGGCGUGAGCAGGCUGCCGCCGCGUCUCACCACGCUGGCGGUCUACUCCUCGCCGACGCCGAACCCCUUCAGCCCCAACAACAGGCGCGUCGCCAGGCCCAGGCCCAGGCUCCCGCCGAUCUCCAUCUCCAUGGACCCGGCCCUCGCCGACCCGGCCCACGUGCAGGCCCUCAUGCUCGCCUGCGCGCACUCCUGCGCCAUCCGCCUGCCCGCGCCGCCCGGCGCCGCCGCCAGGCCGGAGCCCGUCGACAUCCGCAAGCUCCGCACCGCGCUCGCGCACAGCUUCCUGGUCGUGUCCGUCUUCUGCGGCGCCAGGUUCCUGGAGCUGGAGGACGGCGGCGGAGCGGACGACCGGCGGUUCCUGGGCCUGGAGCUGGGCCUCGGGCUCGGGCGGCGCGGGGAGCAGCGGCUCGUCGGGUUCGGACGGGCCGUCUCCGACGUGGGGCUCACCGCCUCCGUCCAUGACGUCGUGGUUCAUCCAUCACUUCAGAGGAGAGGAAUUGGCAGAAAAAUACUUGAGAAAAUUACAAGGGUACUCCAUAGCAGAGGAAUCUAUGACAUUUCCGCGUUAUGUACAGGAAAGGAGAGGCCAUUUUUUGAAUCAUGCGGAUUUGAUAAUGAUGCAAUGGGUUCCACGACGAUGAUGUACACUAAAAGCAUCCAGAAAUAGCAUUCCUCCUGAUGAUUGCAAAUCCACACCAUGAUGAGAUUGGUGGCUCCUUUGACGUGUUAACUGCUGCUACUUCAGAAUGCUGAUAGUGAAAAGUAUUGAGACCCAGCAGUAAUUAU